AUGCACGAAAUCAAAUUGAACUCCACAGACCAGGAUAAUAACCUCAGGCUUAACGAGGUGAUAAGGUCUAUUGCAAGAAGUCGAAAAGUGGCUGUACUAACUGGAGCUGGAAUCUCUUGUAAUGCUGGAAUACCCGAUUUUCGUUCUACUGAUGGUCUAUAUAACAUGGUCAAACAGAAACAUCCAAAGACUGUGGUAAAAGGAAAGGACUUAUUUGAUAUCUCUCUCUUUAGAAACGAAGACACAUUAAAAGUUUUUUGUACCUUCAUGGAAUCACUAUAUUCCUCUACUUUAAAGGCAAACCCUACUGAAACCCAUAAGUUCCUAAGCUGCUUAAAAAGGCAUAACAAACUACUAAGAUGUUACACACAGAAUAUUGAUGGUUUGGAAAGAAAAAUUGGUUUGAAUACCGGUUUAACUGAACAAAAUUCUGAACCUACAAAAACUUACGAAAAUUUGACCUUUAGACAAAAAUGGAAAAAUACUGAAGUUAUUCAGCUCCAUGGUGAUCUCAAUACUUUAUCCUGCACAAAUUGUUUUAAAGUGUUUAAUUGGAACCAGAAUUAUAAAAAUCUACUAGCAGGUGGUGAAACCCCUGAAUGUCCUUCUUGUUUAUCAAAAUACAAUGAGAGAAUUUCUAUGGGAAAAAGAAUUGCGGGAAAUAUUGGAAUGUUAAGGCCGAACAUAGUUUUAUAUGGCGAAAAUCACCCAAACUCUGAAAAUAUAACAAAUGGAUUAAACAUUGAUAUCAAAUCAAAACCUGAUUUAUUGUUAAUCUUUGGAACUUCUUUGAAAGUCGAUGGUGUCAAAAAAUUAGUUAAAACUUUUGCUAAAAGUGUUCAUCAGAAAAACGGUAAGAUUAUCUUUAUAAACAAAACAAAUGUUUCAUUAACUGCUUGGGAUAAUGUUAUAGACUAUUUCAUUGAAACUGAUUGCGAUGAAUUCAUACGUUAUUUAAGACUUGUUUUACCGGAUUUGUUUUUAAAUCAAAAGCAAUUAGACGAAUUAAAAUUACCAAAAAGAUCAAGAAUUAUAAAUUAUAAUAAUAUUCUAAUUGAUAAUAAAAAAGGUUUGAAAUUGAAGUUUAAAAUUCCAAAAAAAUUAACAAAAACUUCAAAAACAGAGCUUGGUAUGAUAACUCCCUCAAAGACUAAUUCUCCAACCAAACUAAAAAAACAGACACAAUCAUUCAGAAAAUCAACCGUUAAGGUAUCGCCAUAUUCCAAACCGAUUUUCAAUCUUAAAGGAUCCAAAACAGAGGAGCUGUCAGAACUGGAGGAACGUUUUUUGUUGAAGAGGGAGGAAAUUGGGAACAAUUUGGAAUAA